AGAGGCAAAUCAAAACGACCAAAGCCUCUUGCACUUGCGCUGCAACUGAAGCUGUUUCCUUUUGAAUUGAUUUGAUGGGCUUAAUAGGUGAAGUAACAACGACCUCGCAGUCACAGUCACAGCAUCUGAUAAUCGAAGAAUGGAAUGGCUCUUCUUCAACAAAGCUCUUCAAAACUGCUACUAUCUCUGCCUCUCCUUCUCUCUCCAUUCAUAGAUCCGGUAGCCGUUUCAACCAUAUCUGGAGACGACUUCUCCAAGCCUUUGUACCUGAGGGUUUUCCAGGCAGUGUGACUCCGGAUUAUGUGCCAUUUCAAGUAUGGGAUUCUUUGCAGGGUCUUUCUACAUACAUUAGGAUCAUGCUUUCUACGCAGGCUCUCUUGAGUGCCAUUGGUGUUGGUGAGAAGUCGGCUACUGUUCUUGGUGCAACAUUUCAGUGGUUUUUGAGGGAUCUAACUGGAAUGCUUGGAGGUGUCUUAUUCACAUUUUAUCAGGGCUCAAAUCUGGAUAGCAAUGCUAAAAUGUGGCGUCUGGUUGCAGAUCUUAUGAAUGAUCUUGGGAUGUUGAUGGACCUUCUUUCCCCUUUGUUUCCUUCAGCUUUUGUAUUUGUUGUUUGCUUAGGGAGCUUAUCAAGAUCAUUUACUGGUGUUGCAAGUGGAGCUACUAGAGCUGCUCUGACACAGCAUUUCGCCCUCCAGAAUAAUGCUGCCGAUAUAUCUGCCAAGGAAGGGAGUCAAGAGACAAUGGCCACGAUGAUUGGCAUGGCAUUUGGAAUGCUUCUUGCACGUAUAACAAUAGGGAACGCAUUAGCUAUUUGGUUUUGUUUUCUUUCUCUCACUAUGUUCCAUAUGUAUGCAAACUACAAGGCUGUACGUUGCCUUGCGUUGAAUUCGUUAAACUUUCAGAGGAUGUCAAUUCUUCUUCAGCAUUUCAUGGAGACUGAACAAGUUCUCUCUCCGGAGCAGGUCUCUACAGUGGAGCAUGUUUUGCCCAUAUGGAUCACUUCAUGUAGUUCAAAGAAUUCUAAGUUACUGCACAAGCGGGUAGACAUAGGUUUAAGGGUUUCUUCCCUUGAUCACCAAGAAAUGAUGGACCUGCUGCAUUCUGCUGGAUCUUUUUACACAAAAGCAAAAUACUUGUUACUGGAGAGGAAGGGAAUCAUAGGUGUCAUUGUGCAUAGAGAUUCAACGGCUGCAGAAGUAUUGUAUUCAUACACUCAUGCACUGGUUAUGGCAAACCUUAAUAAAGGUAACAAUACUAUACAUUCAGAGAGUCAAUCAUGGAUGGAUAAGCAUUAUGAAGGUUUUAUUCAGAAGCUAAAAUCAUCAGGUUGGAAAACUGAACGUCUUCUUUCUCCUUCUAUCAUUUGGAGGGCAAAUUGGAAGUAUGGACAAGCAGAUAAAAAGAUUGACUAGGUAAUCACAAUUCACAAAUCUGUCGCAUCAAAAUGGUGGGAAGAACUGAAAUUUAAGGAUGUUCCAUUUGAGCAAUUUCGACAGAGACCAAUUUGCGGGGAUGAGAGGUUUAUCUUCCAUGCACUUUAUAAACUACAAGUGAUUGAGGAACCAGAGAUUGUGCCCUUUUAUUGUUGUUUUAUUGAUUUAUUCUCCAAUGAGUAGAAAUAUGUGUACACUGAACUAGUCACUAUACGAAAAUGGAAGCCAUCAUUAUGUCAA